AUGGAAAGCAAAACGAAAGCACUCAUUUCUUUAUCGGAGAAUUUGAGAAAUCUAGCUGAUGAAUGUGAGAAAGAAAUUGAACCCGAAAAGCGCAAGCUCAAGGAAGCAAUCCAAAAGGGAGACACGAGGCAAACUGAAAAACACACCAAGAAUAUGGUUGGCAUAAGACAUGAAGCGGUAAAUUUUCGUCAAAUAGCUAAUCGUAUUGAUUCAAUGGUUGAUUACUUUGAAAAUGAACCGGAACAAAGUCCGGUGUUAAGUUGGAUUCCGGCGAUUGUCGAAUCUGUGAAUUCUGCUUUAGAAACUGGAAAUCCGAAGAAAUUGUUGAAAGCCAUGAAUAAGAUUGAGAAGCAGUACUUUGAUAAAGAAGUUGUGGCAAAGUUCAAGUAUUCGGCAGCUACAGAGAGCACACCAACAUUUAUGUCGAAAGAUGAGAAACCUCAUAACUGGUUCGACAUUUUUAAAGUUAAGAAUCUUGUUUUCUUGUGA